AUGACCAUCUUCGACGACCUGCCCGAGUGGCUUGUCAUCGAUGAGAUCCUUGCCCGGUUGCCGCCCAAAGAUGUGCUCCGCUGCCGUGCUGUCCGCAAGUCGUGGCACAAGGGCACUUCCACCAACGCGUUCAUCCUCGACCAUCACCGACGCCAGCCGUCACUCCCCAUCAUUGAACAACGACGAAAGGGCUUCUGCCACAUCGCCGGAGCCUCUAAUGGUCAAAAGAUAUGGCCCGUCCUCCGUUACACUGUUACAAAACCCGCUGUUAUACACCGUGCCUGCGACGGGCUCCUCAUCCUGGGGCAGCAAUCCAAUUUCUACAUCUGCAAUCCGACCACCCACAAGUGUGCUUCCCUGCCACAUCCUCCACAACGACCAGGCGCCAGCGUCAUCGCCGUAGUCGCCUUCUACCGGCACCACACAUCUAGAGAGUACCGGGUUCUCUGGGUGUCAUACUCCAGACUGAUCAGCUCUGGUGUCCCAGUGCAGUCACCUGAGUACUUCGUCCUCACGGUGGGAUCAAAUCAGCCAAGAUGCAUCCAGUGUCCGACAGUUUCACAACACAUGCUUCAUGUCACCCAGUCCCCCUAUUGUCCACCAGUCCACCAUCGUGGUAGCUUGCACUGGGCAUUUGGCCUCAACUUGACUGUAUUUGACAGUGUAGCUGAGACUUUCCGGCAGAUGAGCCGCCCAAUAGAGUUGGGUCAUGUGGUGUCAUUGUUGGACAUGGGUGGAUCCCUUGCUUUGUGGCACACCACCUGUGACAGCAUCACUUUCGAUAUUUGGGUGUUGCAGGACUAUGAUGCUGAGACAUGGGCCUUUCAGUAUCGGAUUAGCUUGUUAGCGAUGGAGGCAUCACCACCGCUUAAUUUGGGGGUGAAAUAUGUCCCUAGUAUGGCUGUGAUCAAUGAGCAUGAGCUGUUGAUUGAGCAGCGUCCUGACCGUCUAUUGCAUUGCGACACUGAUGGUGUGUUUUUAGGAAAUGUGGAAAGUGAAGAACAUGGAAACAAGCAGAUACUUACCAGACAUCGUUUCCAAGAGAGCAUGAUCUCACUUCCGUUGUUUGAGACACAAGAAGAUGAUGAUGUGAAGGAGCAUCCAUUCCUCAUAGUGCUAUAA